AUGCCGCGGUUUAAUCGCCGUGAGCAGCUUCCGCUGCACAUCAAGCGCGCAUUAUGCGCGCAUCACGUCGAGCACCCCCUCCUGCGUCACGUAGAUCUCGCCCGCUGGGUUUACGCCCAGUAUGGCCUGCGACCUGACCGCUCCACGGUCGGCCGCAUCCUGAAGAAUGCCGACCGUUGGGCGCUCACCGAACCCACUGCCGCUAAUCAAGUGCGCCGUCGCGGUGGCGCAUGGCCUGAGCUUGAGCAGGCCAUGGCGCGCUGGAUCGCCAACGCUGGCCCCGCGGGCGUACCACUCACUCUGCAGACGAUCCGCGACCACGUGGCGACCAUGGCGCGCAACAUGGGCAUUCCGCCCGUGUUCCGUUGCUCCAUUGGCUGGGUGCGCCGUGCGUUGCGGCGCCAGGGAGUGCGAUGCCGUGCCGCCACCGGCGAGGCGGCGAGCGCCGACAUGGCUGCUGUCAAGCGGGCAAGCCCCGCGCUCAAUCUCAACACGGCCCCGCCGCCCAGGCUUUCGCCUUUCGCAACUCCGCCGCCUGACACCCCGCGUCCGCGGGGCCGAGUGCUGCCUGGCUGGAUGACCCAGCCGUCCCGCCGUCAGCAGCUUCUGGACGGCGGGGUUGGCGCCGCGAUGGGCGGGUACGUGGAGGCGGCAGAAUGGAUGCAGGUGUGA